GCUAUUCUAUUUAAUCUGAGCUGAGAAAUCGGACAAAGAAAACAAUCCGAAAUUCCCAAUCAAUCAAACAAAUUCUUUUUUGUGAUGUGUGAAUUGGUUGGUGGGAAUGCUUGCGUAUUUCUAAAUUGUGCAGAUUAGUAGUUCAUGAAGUCGCAUUUUGUCAAAUUUAGUCAGCAUUUAAUAAAUUGAAGUUACUGAAAAUUACAUUUUUGGUGGCUAUUGGACUGCGUAAUUCUCUGAAAGAAUGUUGAAAAACAAUUGUGACGUCACUCAAUCAAUCAGCUGAGUCGAUAUUAGAAGGUUUUAAGAUAAUAUUAAGCAAAAUAAAUAAAAGAAAAUGGGUGGUGCGGUGAGUUCUGGUCGCGACAACGAUGAGUUGAUCGACAAUCUGAUGGGGAGCAACUACAUCCGAACCCGGGCUGUGGAGGAUGUAUUCCGCGCCCUGGACCGUGCCGAGUACAUGACGCGGGAUGCACGGGAUCAGGCCUACAAAGACGUCGCCUGGCGGAGCGGCUCUCUUCACAUGUCCGCUCCGUGUAUUUAUAGUGAAGUUAUGGAAAACUUGGAGCUGAAGCCCGGCCUGUCGUUCCUGAACGUGGGUUCGGGUACAGGGUACCUGAGCACGUUGGUGGGGCUCAUGUUGGGGUCCCAGGGCAUCAGUCACGGCAUCGAGGUGCGCCAGUCCGUGUUCGAGUACGCCAACAAGAGGCUCCGUCAGUUUUUGGAGAAUUCACCCACGUUGGACGAGUUCGACUUUUGUGAACCCAAAUUUUAUCAUGGUAACGCGCUGUGCCUGGCGCCGCUGGCGACGGCCUACGACCGCGUGUACUGCGGAGCGGGGUGUCCCAGCGAGUACGAGAACUACUUCAAACAACUCAUUAAGGUGGGCGGUAUACUGGUGAUGCCGCUGGACGACAACCUGGUGCAGGUGAAGCGUCUCAGCGAGAGCGAGUGGAGCUCCCGCACCGUGCUCAACGUGUCAUUCGCGACUCUCACUAUCCCCUCCAAGGAGGAGUCGGCCAAUCUACUUAGACUAGACGAGCAGACGCCCGUGCGGCUGCAGGUAAUGGCGCGCGCCGCGAUCCGCUCGGCCAUGCGCGGCGGGCUGCGCCGGCGCCACCCCGAGCUGCGGCCGCCGCCGCCGCGCGCGCCGCCCGCCAAGCGCUCCUGCCCGCGCCGCAUCUGCAUCCCCGUCGACGACGACAGCGACAUCGAGGGCCUGGGCGUCUUGCACGACCUGUACCGCGACACCGGCGCCUCGGAAAUGAACGCGCUGCUCAGCUUCAUGCUCAGCAUGGGCCACAACCGCGUCGCCGGCGCGCUGCGCUACGACACCAACGCCAGCGACGACGACGACGACGACGACGACGCCCCGCCCGCCGCCGGCCGCCGCGGCGAUGACGGCGAUGACGGGAACGAUGGAGCGGGCAGCCCGUUCCCGUUCCACGGCCCCGAAGCCCCGGACAGCCAAAGCGACGACGAGUCAUCACCGGGCUUCCUCGACGACCGCGCCCGCCGCGUGGGUCUCAUCACUUUGGACUUCGACGGACAAAAUUCCGAGCUAGGAGUGCCACUGUUGCCCGUAGAACCGGACAGUGUGAUAGUGCGCGGCGAUUGGCCAGACACCGACUCCAGUGAUGAGGAGGUGAUUGAUGAAAAAGUGAUUAAAAGUGACAGUGCUCAAUUUAAACCUGGUGGGUCUGGAAUGGGGAGUGGUGACGCCCGAAGUAGUCCUUCCACGUCUGAUGGUGGACGGAAGAGUGAUAAGUCGAAGAGAAAGGGUUCUGGUGAUCAGAAUGUGAAGAGGAGGUCCGGGGAAUGCAGCCGAGCUGGUACGAGUGACCAAGAGAAUCCGGACAUGCCCUCUGAAGUGGAGAUAUACCUGGGUAAAACCUGCGAGGCCACUCCUGGCACAUCGAAAUGGAGUAUGGAGUGGGAGGAAAACGGCCUGGUGACGCCCUCUAGCGGCGACGAGGAGUUGAAAGUCGACAGCGGCGUCGGCGACUCGCCCGACACCGACAAGACCGACGCGACGCCGUCAGACGCGACGCCGACCGACUCGACGCCGUCAGACACGUCUCCAUCCGAGGCACAGCCGUCGGAUAGUCUGUCGGACGAUGUGGACUUGGAUGUCAGGGGUGGUCCGGCGGGCCGGCGCAGCAAGCGCCGCGCGCCGGACGGCGGGGACGCGCGGCGCGUGCGCCUCUCCAUCCUCAUGAAGCGCGGCGUCAAGGAGCUGCCGCUGCCGUACGCGCUCAAGAAGUACGUCAACCUGCAGCGGUGCUUCGAGUUUUAAAUUUAAGGAGGUACUUCGAAUUUUAAAUUUAACCUUUUUUUUUUAUUUGAGCGUGUUACAUUUGUAAUUUGAAGGUUGAUGUUCGCACGGGCGUUUUUUUUUAUCGACUGCCAGUUAGGGUCAUGUUUUUCGCGUGUAGGUAGCUUGUAUUUAGUCAUGAAGACGGCUCCUAUGAAUAAUAUUGCCGUAUCAAAUUUCUGAAAUUUUAAAUUGAACUGUUUUUUUGGAGAACCGUAGAUUUAUAAUUUUUUUCAUGACUGCCAAGACACGUUAUUACAGAAAGAGUAAUCAUAUUAGCUUGAAAUCUUGUCUUGAAUCUCGUCGUUAAUAUCCAGAAUAAUGCUUCGAAUUAUGAUUAUGAAUUUAAAAAGUUAACUUUUUUUGGGAGGUGUUACAUUUGUAAGAUUGAUCAUUGCUGUGAAGUUUUAAGUGAUUUUCUAACGUUGCGAUAUUCUUCUUUAUACGCAGAAUUUUCAACUACAGCUUUGGAAUGCUUUACAAAGCCAUAAAUGUUCUUAAAAUGUGCAUCCUAUCUAUUUUGCAAUCAAUGUGCCGUGUGGUUUCCGGCACUUUAGAAUAGAACCACUCCAUAUCUUUCCCAUGAAUGUCGCAAAAGUCGACUAAGGCAUGGGCUUUUUAACUUGGCAGUCCUCUUGUGUGCGAUGGGCUAGCAACCUGUCACUAGAUUUAAUAACGUCCUAAUAAGAUUUGAUGAGUGAGAUGAUGAGAGAUGAUCCUACGUCGAGCGAGCGAGAGCGAGGUCUUUCUGACCUCACUGACGAAGGACAAAGAUAACAAAUACCUUACGCACACAAAGAAAAGAGAAAGCAAUACCAUACGAUGCCUGCGCGACGUCCUACAAGCGCUCGUGCGAACGAAGCCUUAGGUGAUUAACACUCCGCUGCGACAUUGAAUCUAAUGUUAUAUCGUAGUUUUUUAAGAGAAACGACUCACAUUUCGAUACUCAAGCAGCACGCGCGACGCGGUUUUUAUCGCGCGAAAAGAUAUCGCUGUUUCGAUUUUUAUUAUGAUAUGAAACCGAACAGCGAUAGCCCGGUACACGAUGAUAACGCUGAGACUCGAAUCUGACAUCAACAUGCUAUAUGUGAAGAGAGAUUUGAGGGGGUGCCGCUACCCAGAUCCAAUGCAUCACAAUGUUAGCUAAGUCUUCCAAAAGACCUAUAAUAAUAAAAGCUACACUAUUUGGCGACUAUCUAAUCAAAAUUAAUUAUAGGAGUUCGGUUUUCUUCAAUAUCAUAUCCUACUUUUAAGACACACCUUCUAGACACUAAAAUAAGGUCGCAUGUCGCAUAGACUUUUCUUUGUGUUAGAAGCUCACCUUUGAGUUAAGAUGAUCCAAUUAAUUUGCCAUAUUCAGCGGCCCAGAUCCUAGUCAAAUGAGCAUUCUUGUUUAUUGAGCAUUAAUUACAGAUAAAUCUAUUAUACUUACCCUUCGUGUCUAUAAAAAUCUUACCUUUUUUUUACUAUGCAUCGCAAGAGGGGGAGACGUCGAAUGAUUUCCUUAGAAUGAACGCCAAUAGCGUAAUCUCCCCUCCCCCGGUGUCUCCCAACAAGCGCCUGCGCAUGGUGUUACCUAUAAUCAUAAUUAUUGAUAGAUAAAGCCGAUCCGAUAUAGCGGCGUAUUUGUAAGACUGUUCAGACUUUUGUGAUUCACUAUAACACAAGUCAUUGUUUAUAUUAAUUAGUUUAGGCAAACAAAUGUAUAAUAUUCGUCGGUACAUGUAGAACCGUUAGAAGUAAUGAUUCUAUUCAUAUUUUGAUGUAAAUAUUAAUUUGUUUUGUUUCUCUUAAUUAUAUGAUUUAUUUUGAA